AUGCAUAUUAAACAGGUGAUUAUUCAGGGAUUCAAGAGUUAUCGUGAGCAAAUUGUUGUAGAACCAUUUGACAAACGGCAUAAUGUAGUUGUAGGACGUAAUGGUUCAGGAAAAAGUAAUUUCUUUCACGCAAUUCAGUUUGUGCUUAGUGAUGAGUUUUCACAUCUACGACCUGAACAAAGGCUAGCUCUGCUUCAUGAAGGCACAGGACCCAGAGUGAUAUCAGCUUUUGUUGAAAUAAUCUUUGAUAACUCUGAUAACAGAAUACCAAUAGAAAAAGAUGAAAUAUUUUUGCGGCGUGUUAUUGGAUCUAAGAAAGACCAAUUUUUCCUCAACAAAAAGGUUGUACCACGCUCUGAGGUACUUAACCUAUUGGAAAGUGCUGGACUGUCAAACUCCAAUCCAUAUUACAUUGUCAAACAGGGAAAAAUUAAUCAAAUGGCGGUUGCUCCAGAUUUGCACAGAUUAAAGUUAUUACGUGAGGUGGCCGGCACCCGAGUAUACGAUGAACGCAGGGAGGAAUCCGUUACAAUUCUGAAAGAAACUGUUGGCAAAGUGGAAAAAAUCAAUGAAUUUUUACAAACAAUAGAAGAGCGUCUUAAGACCCUUGAAGAGGAAAAAGAAGAGUUAAAAGAGUAUCAGAAAUGGGAUCGGGCGAGACGUGUUCUCGAAUUCAUUAUACACGACACUGAGCAUAGAGAAAAUAAGAGAAAACUAGAGGAGUUAGAAAAAAUGCGUUCAAAUAGUGGCAAAGAGCAGCAACACUAUGCAGAUUUGGUGCGAGAAGCUCAAGACCAUGUCAGAGAAGCCAACAGAAAAUUAAAAGAAGCUCGCAAGGACGUAGCUGCGGCCCGCGAGGAGAAAGAUAUCCUGUCCACAGAGCAGCAGCAACUGCUGCGGGAGAAGACCAAACUGGAGCUCGGCAUUAAAGAUCUCACGGAUGACGUCGACGGCGAUAAUAAAUCCAAGGAAAGGGCAGAAGCAGAGUUGGAACGCCUGAGACAACAGAUAGCAGAAAAAGAACGUGAGUUGGAAGAACUAAAGCCAAAGUAUGAGGAGAUGAAAGCACGAGAAGAAGAAUGCACGAGAGCCUUGGCACUGAACCAACAGAAGAGGCAAGAGCUGUACGCAAAGCAGGGGAGAGGCACACAGUUCACUUCUAAGCAAGACAGAGAUCGCUGGAUUGAAAAGGAAUUAAAGUCAUUAAAUAAACAGAUAAAAGACAAAAAGGACCACGAAAACAAGUUGAAGGAAGAUUUACGUCGCGAUGCGGCGAAACUAACCGAACUACAGAAAAAGAUAGAAGAUAUGACGAAGGAGAUGGAAAGACAGCGUGUGGCUAUUGAUGAGCACAAUAAACAGUAUUAUGAGUGCAAGAAGAGAAAGGACCAGGAACAGAGCGCCAGAAACGAACUUUGGCGAAAAGAAACUACACUUACACAAAAUUUGACAUCACUAAAAGAUGAUUUAGCUAAAGCGGAUCAAGCACUUCGCUCAAUGGCUGGGAAGCCAAUAUUAAACGGUCGGGACAGUGUUCGCAAAGUGUUAGAGACAUUCCAAGAGAGAGGAGGCGAGUGGGCGAAGAUAGCCACACAGUACUACGGGCCCGUCAUUGAAAACUUCACAUGUGACAAAACUAUUUAUACCGCUGUGGAGGUGACUGCUGGCAACAGGUUGUUCCACCACAUUGUAGAAUCGGAUACGGUGGGCACAAAAAUUCUGAAAGAGAUGAACCGGCAAAGUCUACCGGGAGAAGUGACUUUCAUGCCCCUCAAUCGUUUGCAAGUACGGGAUAUGGUUUAUCCCAAUGACAAUAAUGCCAUCGCUAUGGUACAGAAGCUAAAAUACGAUCCUAAGUACGCAAAAGCGAUGAAGUACAUCUUUGGCAAAACUCUCAUUUGCAGGAAUCUCGAAUGUGCCACAGAGUUGGGCAAGCAGUUUCAUCUAGACUGCGUCACGUUGGAAGGUGACCAGGUAUCAUCAAAAGGCUCGCUAACAGGAGGUUAUUUCAACCAAUCACGCUCUCGGCUCGAAAUGCAGAAGACCCGUUCGGAACUAAUGGAGCAAAUUACCACAUUAGAGCAAGAACUAAACACAUUGCGCCAGGAGUUGAGCAAGACUGAAACAAGUAUCAACUGCAUUGUCUCUGAAAUGCAGCGCACGGAAACUAAACAGGGGAAAGCCAAGGACAUAUUUGACAAAGUAAAGGCAGACAUCCGUUUAAUGAAAGAAGAACUGGCGUCAAUAGAAAGAUUCCGUGGACCCAAAGAGAGGUCCUUGGCGCAGUGCCGCUCCAGCCUCGAGGCUAUGCAGGCUACGAAAGAAGGGCUCGAGUCUGAAUUACAUCAGGAAUUAAUGGAACAACUGUCUACGGCGGAUCAAGGCAAAGUGGAUGAACUCAACGACGCUAUCCGACGGCUUACACAAGAAAACAAAGAGGCGUUCAGUAUGAGAAUGAACCUGGAAGCAACCAAAAAUAAACUGGAGAAUCUUCUCACCAACAACCUCAUUAGGCGUAAAGAUGAAUUAGUCCAAGCGUUGCAAGAGAUAUCAGUGGAGGACCGCAAGCGUAGGCUGGCGAACAGCAAAGCGGACCUGGCGGCCGCCGAAAAGAGGAUACGUCAGAUCAACAAGGAGAUGGAAGAAGUCGAGAAGAAAGUGCAGGCAGCUGUGAAGAACGAGAAGGCCUUGAAGCUCGAGCUGGACAAGUGGAGGAAUAAGGAAAAAGAAGCUCAAGACAAAAUGGAAGAAGACGCCAAGGGAUUAGAAAAGAUGGCGUCGAAGGAAGUGCUGCUACAGGAGCAAAUACAAGAGUCGCUGGAUAAGAUAGCCGCGCUCGGCACUUUGUCUAACGCGCCUGAACUGCACGCCAAAUAUCAGAAGAUGUCUUUGAAACAGUUGUUUAAAGAACUUGAGAAAGCAAACCAGCACCUCAAGAAGUACAGCCACGUAAACAAGAAGGCCCUGGAUCAGUUCAUCAGCUUUUCUGAACAAAAGGAGAAGCUGUAUAAAAGAAAGGAGGAACUGGAUAUUGGCGGCGAGAAGAUACGCGAGCUGAUCGAGACAUUGGAACAUCGCAAGCUGGAGGCGAUCCAGUUUACGUUCAAGCAAGUGAGCAAGAACUUCACGGAGGUGUUCAAGAAGCUGGUGCCGCAGGGCCGCGGCAGUCUUAUCAUGCGGGUGGCCGAAGAUCUCCAAGAUAUCAGCGCCGAGAGGGCUAACGCGGACCAGUUCACGGGCGUCGGUAUCAAAGUGUCGUUCACGGGAGGCGAAGGUGACAUGCGCGAGAUGAACCAGUUGUCCGGCGGUCAGAAGUCCCUCGUCGCUCUGGCGCUCAUAUUUGCCAUACAGAAGUGCGACCCGGCGCCCUUCUACCUAUUUGAUGAAAUCGAUCAGGCUCUGGACGCGCAGCACAGGAAAGCGAUAGCGAACAUGAUCCACGAGCUGUCGUCGUCGGCGCAGUUCAUCACGACCACGUUCCGGCCCGAGCUGCUGGAGCACGCGCACAAGUUCUACGGCGUCAAGUUCCGCAACAAGGUGUCGCACGUCGAGUGCGUCUCGCGCGACGAGGCCAGGGACUUCGUCGAGGACAGCACCACCCACGCGUAG